AUGGCAGAGGAUGAUGGUGAGAAGCCAGCCGACAGUCCGACGGCUGCGGCAACAGCACCAGCACUGGCCAUGGCCAUACCCGGCCUCCCAGCACAAACCGCGGUUGCACAAGUUCCAGGGGCGACCGGGGCUGUGCAAAUGGACCCGGCAGCCUAUGCUCAGUGGCUGCAGGCUGUGCAGGCCCAGCAGGCUCUAAGUCAGGCGCUGUAUUUGCAGCAGAUUGCCGCAGCGGCUGGCGGUGGUGCUGGUGGUGGAGUGAUUGCACUUCCAGCUGGGCUUCCAACUUUGCCAGGGCUUCCAGCGGGGCUUCCAGCGGGGCUGCCUGGAGUCGCCCUCCCAGCCGUAGCCUCAACAGCUCCGGCACCGGCUCCACGACCGGCACCGGUGAUAGAAGGGCCUACCUACACUGGCCAAAUCGUGGAUUACAACGAGGAGAAAGGAUUUGGCUUCAUCGAGUGCAAAGAGACACAAGAAAUUUAUGGAAAAGACAUAUUCCUGCUGCGGAGUUCCUUAAAUGGGCUGAUUGUCAGCACGGGAGACAGGGUGAAUUUCAGAAUUCAGACAGGAUUCAAAGGUCCCAAGGCUGUGGAGAUCGAAGUGGUGGAAAGAAUACAGGAAAUGGCAGACCGAUUGCCGACCUACUACGGCAUCAUCAAGAACUUCCACCACGACAGAGGUCUUGGCUUCAUAGAAUGUGAUGAGACCAAGGAUGUUUAUGAGAAGGACAUCUUGGUACUGAGGAGUCAAUUGGGUGAACAGGUGGAGGGCGCAGUGGUGUCUUUCAAUAUUGUAGAAGAUGCUCGUGGAGUGAAAGCAGCAAAUGUGAAGAUUUGCCCUGAGGGAUUCCCACCUGGAAAAGAGCCCAAGCCCAGGCCUCCAAAAGGCAAAGGAAAAGGCAAGGGCAAGGAGUUUGGCAAGGACGGGAAAGGCUUUGGCAAAGAUGCUAAAGGCUUUGGCAAGGGCAAAGGCAAGUUUGAGCAGCUGUGGAAUGUAGCGACAAACAUGCUGAAUGAGUGGGGAUGGUGGGGAAAUGACUCCUGGGAUGGUGGAUGGGAGGACCCAUGGUGGCCGGGAGGAAAUGGAGACUGGCAGGGACAGGAAGGGAAGGGGCCGGGAGUCGCUCCAACCCCAACAGUUCUGGAUGCCGUUCGCCUUAUGAAGGCCAGCAACCUCAAUGUCAUUGUUUUCAAGCUUCAGGCCGCUUGCAAUGUUUUAAGCAUUGCCUACGGUCUGCAAAUUGCCAAUGCCGCUGUGUUGAUGACAAACAUGUUUGGCCUUGCAUGCCAAGUACUUUUCCUAGCCGGAGAACGCUACGCGUCACUGGAAAGCGAAUGGCUGUCCUUUGCCUUGUACCUAUCUGUUGUAUUGAACUCGGGGAUCUUUGUCUCGAGCAGAUGUGUCCCCAUCAACCUUCUGGGACAAUCCAUAACAGUCUUUAACGUCUUCUUAUAUUCGUCUCCACUGAUGAAUCUGGGCAUCGCUUUGCGCACGCGCAACAGCAGCCAAUUCCCGACCUUCUUGCAACUUGGGCUUUGUUCUGGCCGUUCAGCCCUCUGGAGCAUUUAUGCGCUCCUCAUUGAGGUCCGGAUGCCCAAACUUGUGCGCACGAUGAUUGGGAGUUUCUUGGCAGGAUAUGGUGGUCCUCAUUCCAAGCCUGAUGGGCUAUGCUUGCUCCUUUUUCCAGGCACCUUUGCAUGCGGCCAUUGUUGCCAAUCAACAGUAGUCUGCGGACAGGUACUCCUGAUUCUGUGGCAGGAAGCCUACCUUCACUACUGUGCAGUAUUUUGGAUUUCUCAGCAUGUCCAAACCAGACAACACUUUUGCUGGCGCCUGCAAGGUGUCGCAAUUGUUUGCCGCAUGGAUUCCAAGCUACAUGCUGACAUGUGCAGCUUUUGGAUGCCUUUGUGCCUUGUUGCAUGCGAGGUUUGA